AUGCCACCCACUCGAUCCACGUCUAAGUCUGUUUCUAAUUCGACUGAAAAACCACAGGAUUCUCGCAAAAAGAACUCCAAUAUGUUGGUUCUCAGCCCCGCCGAUGAGCCACGACUCGGUAAAAUCGUGUUACGACCCGAGAGCUAUACUGAAGCCGUAAUGCUGGUCAAAAAACAUUUCGAGAUCUGCCGAGGCUACGACGUAGUCCUUCGGACUAAUGAGCUGGAGCUAUGCGAUAAAGAAAUGUUAGAGAUCACGGAGAUGUUUGGCCGCUGA